AUGGCCUGCAAGCUGCCGACCAGCGUUGUGGUAACCGGCUCGCUUGACUGCACCGACAGCGCCUCCUUCUGCUCUGCACUUCAGGCCUCCCUGCAGCAAAUGGGCUGCUGCCACGUGGCGCUUCUGGAGCCACAUAGCUUUGGCGGGGGAGGGCAGGCAGGGAGUCAAGCUGUGUUGAGCGUGCAGCGGCAGCUGACUGGGAAGGCUGGGAAGGUCCCUGACAUGGCGGCCCUCUCCGCAUGGCACCAGGCUCACACCAGUGCUGGCAGCGGGGGUAGCGUAGCUGGCUGCAGUGGUGGUGUGUGCGCCAUAGCGGUGGUGGUGGCGGACGCGCCUGCAUGCAGCAGCAGUGCCCUGCAUGCCUUGAUCGGUGUCCUCAGCGAGUGGCGCAGCACCCUCCCUUUUGUCCUCAUCCUCACUGGCGUCCACUCCUUGCCGUCCAUCCCCCGCCUCCUGCCGCCCAGCACCCUCCCCCACCUCCACCUCUCCACCUUCCGCCUGCCCUCUCCGCGCCUCCUCCUCGACCCCCUCCUCCUCUCCGCCCUUCUACAGCCCUUGUCCUCCCCUCCCUCGCCAUCACCACCGAUCCCUGCAGCAGCAGCAGCAGCAGCAGGAGUGGGAAUAGGAGGAGCAGGAGGAGGAGCAGGAGGAGGAGCAGGAGCAGGAGCAGGAGUAGGAGCAGGAGCAGGAAGAGGAGCAGGGACAGGAGCAGCAGCAGCGGUGACGGUGCCAGUAGUUCUCUCGCACUCAGCCUGGGCAGCACUGUGGGAGUCGUUUGAGCUGCACGAUGGGUCCAUGCAGGGGCUCACGCGCUGCCUCAAGGGGCUCACGCGCUGCCUCAAGACCCUCCUUCACAACCACUUCUUCAGCGCACCCUCGCUCACCACAGGGGGUGCAUCCGACCCUCCUCCCGGGUCUGCCCUCCAUAGCACCGCUGCAGUGCCACCUGCAUCAGCUGAACCUGCCGCUGCUGCACCUCCCCCAGUCGCGCCUCCCCUGCUGAGCCAAUGGGCGUCCGCUGUUGAGGCAACAAAUGCACUGGCGAGGCAAGAGUUGGAAGAGGUGGAGAGGAGGCACACGGGGAAGGAGAGAAGCAACGGGCAUCCAGAAAAGCUGCGCAAAAUGACAGGAGAGGCAGGGAAUGCAGGGGAGGAAGGGGAGCCCCUCCGCCUGGUUCAGCAGAUUCAAGCCUCUGUGGAAGCAGCCGUACGCCGAACCAAAGCAGAAAGAGCAGCAGCAGCGGCAGCAGCAGCAGCAGCAGGAAAGCGGAAAGGAGGAGAUUUGAGGGGCGAGAAUGAGACGGAGAGUCGGAAUGGCGUGGACGGUACCAAGCUCAGAUCCGGCAAUUCGGCUAAGGGAGGGUUAGCUGGGGGAGGGUCAACAGGAGGAGCUGCGGUGAAAGGAGCAGAUGGUUUGGGUGGGAAAGGCAUGAAAGGAGGGGUGGCAGGUGCGGAUGCUGCGAGUAUGGCACAGAGGGGUUCGAGUGCUGCGAUGAGGAGAAGGUGGGUGGAGAGGGAUGAAGUGCGGGCCGUGCUGCUCCAAUCAGCGGCGGCACCACCGGCAUCAGUAGCGUCAAACCGUCCCGCUGCACCCCGUCCUUCUCUGCAGCAUGCAGCAGCCCGUGCUGCUGCCCCCCCAAGGUCGCUGUGUGACCAGCUGCUGCCACACGUGGCAGGGAAGCUGCAAGCCCUGCUGGCGUGUCUCGUGCGCCUCUGUGCAGCAGACUGGUCCUCCCACCCACACCUGCAGCCGUUCAUCGCUGAAGCCCCUGCCGUAUUCUUUCUUUCCCUCCCUCUCCCCUCCUCACUCCCCUAUCUUUCCCCCGCUCUUGCUGACCCCUCCCCCGCCAGCCUCUGUGCAGCAGACUGGUCCUCCCACCCGCACCUACAGCCGUUCAUAGUCAAAGCCCCUGCAUCCCUCGCAGCCUACCCUGCUGGGGCCGCUGUGCUCUCCUCCCUCCGCUCUGACCUCUCCUUGCAACAGCAGCAGCAGCACGAGGAGGAGGAGGAGGAACAGCAACAGCAACAGCAACAGCAACAGCAGCAGCGCGGAGUUCAAAUGCAAUUGAUGGAAGCGCGAACAGCUCUGGAUAUCAUCAGCUUCACUAAACGGCCAUCUCAGAAGGAUCUUAUGCCGCCGCCCCUUGAGUCAUCUCAGAGGCCGCCUCUCAAGGCCCCUCACAAGGCCCCUCAAAAGCAUAUCGUGCCAGCGCCCUCACACAAAGAUCACACUUUGGGGGUGACUGAAAAGUCGUCUCAAGGAGGUGUGAUACCCGCAGCGUCGACAGCGCAUGACACGGGUCGCCUGUACUCCCUGGUGUGCGCCAUGCCCGACGCCCCACAAAAGGUCUCAUCUGAGGUGGCUCAGAAAUCCCAUCCGCUGGCGGUCAUUCUUGCACCAUCCUUGUGGCAUCUUGAGUGCGGCUUCAGCGUUGCACCCCCUUGCCAUACGUUGCCCAUGCACCUCCCCUCGCACCCCCCCUCACCCCGCAGGGCUCGCUUCCUGGCAGCAGCAUCAGAGCUGCAGGUGCUGGGAGUGCUGCUCGUAUACAUGUGGCCCCCUGCCCGGACUCAGUUCCUGGCAGCAGCAUCGGAGCUGCAGGUGCUGGUAAUGCUUCACCCGAUAAACGUGUCUCCCUACCCUGCUCUUGCAGCGUCGGAGCUGCAGGUGCUGGGAGUGCUGCACCCCUCCUCCCGCCGCCGCACUCGCUCCAUGCACCGUGCCCUGCUGCCUUGA